CCCCUCCUCUCUCCGCUCCUCUCCCCCCUCGGUGCAAACCGCGAAAAUAGCAGCCGCCCAUUCGCACUCCUCCCCCGUGCCGCGAUGAGCGACGGCGCCGAUUCCGACCGCGACCUCCCGCGCGCCGACGGCAACGACGAGCCGCGCCACCCCGUCCCGCGGGCCGCCAAGGAGGAGGAGCCGCCCGUGGCCGACGAGUUCCAGGACGCGCCCCCGUCCCCCGAAACGAACAGCGUCGGCGACGGCGAGCGCUCCCCGGAUCGGGCGGGGCUGCCCAAUGCGGGGGACUGCGGGGAGACCGCGCCGCCCGACGCGGGGGAGGAGGCCGUGGGCGUGAGGGUGGAGACCAACGGCGAGGACGCCAUGAGCCACGACGGCGAUGAGGGGGACGGCGAGGACGACGACGACGAUGAAGAUGAUGAGGAUGAUGAUGACGAGGAGGACGAGGACGACGACUCCACCCCUGAUGCGUCGCCGAGGGCGGAGGUGAAGGCGGAGGGCGACGGGUCGGCCGGGUUGGCGCAGUGCGCCAGCCAGCAGCCGGUGGAGCCCGACCCUUUCCUCGAGGGUCACGACUCCGGGACGGAGGAGGAGCAGGCGGCGUUCAUGUCUGAGCUGGAGCGCUUCCACAGGGAGCACAGCCUCGAGUUCAAGCCGCCCAAGUUUUACGGCAAGGGCCUCAACUGCCUCAAGUUGUGGAGGCAGGUCGCUCACCUGGGAGGCCAUGAGCAGGUAACAGUUUGUAAACUAUGGCGUCAAGUUGGAGAGACUUUCAGGCCACCAAAGACCUGCACUACGGUGUCUUGGUCAUUUCGAAUUUUCUACGAGAAGGCACUUCUUGAAUAUGAAAAACACAAAGUACGAACUGGCCAGCUUAAAAUAUCGAUACCUGCUGUACCACAAUCUGGUGGUACAAACCGUGAGGGUGUAAAUCCAUCAUCUUCUGCAAGAAUUAGAAGGGAUGCUGCAGCACGUGCUAUGCAGGGUUGGCAUGCGCACCGUCUCCUUGCCAAUGACAUGUAUGGAGAUCACAUUUUAAAGGACAAAGACUCAAUACCCCUUUCAAGUCGUGAUAAGAAUCUGAAAGGCUUUGGGGUACUCAAGAGGAAGAAAGCAUCUAGUCCAGAGCGUGCUUUCAAGGUCUCCCGUACAAAAGUGAACAAGUCACAGGAAGAUUCUAUGGUCAUUGAUGUUGGAGAACCUGCCGAUUGGGUGAAGAUUAAUGUUCGUCAAACUAAAGAAUGCUUUGAGAUAUAUGCGCUAGUUCCUGGGCUUCUAAGGGAAGAGGUGCAUGUUCAGUCUGAUCCUGCUGGACGUCUGGUUAUAACUGGGGACCCUGACCAGCCUGAUAACCCUUGGGGCAUCACUGCAUUCAAGAAGGUGAUCAACUUGCCGUUAAGGAUUGAUCCGCAUCAAACAUCAGCAGUUGUCACGCUUCAUGGCCAGCUAUUUGUGCGUGCGCCAUUUGGGCAUCCGGACAUGUAGAUACGCAUCCUGAUCACUUCAGUUUUCUUCGACUACUGUACCAGUGGUUUUCAUGCAUAUUUAUAGGUUUUAGAAGAAAAAAUGUUGCAGAAGUAGGAUUUGGUUUGCCAAACUGACAUAAGCAACUGCAACCCAUAGCCGGCGCUGCAAUCUUUUCUCUUGUGGUUGUUUAUAGUGGUACACAUAAAUUAGUUGGUUCAUUCCUGGAUUUUAAUAUUUAGUGACAGAUAUUUCUUUUCCUUUUUUUCUUCUGAGAGAGAAACAACACAAAGCUGGAAAUAGGUCAAGUGAAGGAUUAGUUUCUUUACUUUCUGUUUUUUUUUCUCUAUCUUCUAUAAAACCGUUACUGGGCAGAGUUCAGUUUUGAAUCUAAGUUUAUAUGUAUACGACGAUUCCCUCAUUUUUCGAGUUGAAUAGCACUGUUCAUUAA